AAAAAAAAAAAAACUCUUAGAAAAAAUUAUGCGAAAAGAGAAGAGAGGGAGACUGAUACGCGAACGAUUGCGUUACGUCGGAAAUAAAAAAAAAAAAAAAAAAAACAAAUGCUUCGAAUAAAUUUUCCAUUGCGAACAAAUUAUGUAAUCGAGCGAUAACGCAAACGAGUAAAGAAAAAAGAAAAAACAAAAAAAAAAGGUAAAAACUUGUACAAAAAGAGAGACACAGUUCUCGUUUUGAUUUCGAGCAGACCUCUCGAAGCUCUGGAGCUCUGUCUCGAGAUCUCGCUCUCGAGGAGCACGUUUCGCUCUCACACACGGGAGAAGUGCGGGGAUAUAGACGUUGACGGGCCACGCGGUGUGUAUUUUGCCUCGCUCCGAAGUCAAUAAAUCCCCAUGUGCCGGUCUCGCUCGCAAAUGUGUGUGUGUGCGUGCGUGCGCGUGCAUGUACCUUCCCGCCAUUAUCGCGCCGUGUAGUGUUUCAUUCUUAACACGGAUAUCUGCCCGACCUCCCUCCGUAGUGGCACAAUGGACUCGUCCGUCACUUUACGAUUCCCGAACGCGGAACGUCGACCGUUGUCGUGGCCGAGUUCGCGGACGACGUGUUUGGGACGCACGUCGCGCGAAAAAAAUCGCGCGUGUUUUCGGUGCGGGAACGGCGAGUCGGAAAAGUGAGAUAAUGUGUCGUCGCGACGAGUGAAUUCGGGAGCGCGCGCUGUGGUGUUUUGGGUUCGGCCAUUUUCUUCCCGUGUAUAUGUGUGUGGGGAAGGUUAGGGAACCCGUGAGCGGGCCGAUUAUAAUCGAGAGAGUGCGCGCACACAUCUGAGGGGAUAAUCGCGUUCGGGAUCGCGAAUCUUCCGAUCUCGUCGCGGCGAACGGGGGGGGGGCGACGAUCGUGCGAUCGCGGAUCAUCGGUUUGGAAAAUUCGCUCCUACGUGAAAAUCCACCUUUGUCAGCCAUGUGCAUUGCGGCGCAUCGUUCAAAACGUCCUCGCACCCCCGUGGCGGCGGGCCAAUAGAACGCCGGGCGCCUCGGCCACGUGACCAAGACCGGCCAAUCGACGCCGCGGGAUUUGAAAUCGUGCGUGGUCUUUGUUCACGGACCUGCUCGUGUCAACCCAACGUUACUUCAGUUCCGUCAAGGGGCACCCGUGUCGGUGUACGGUUUAUUCACGGUCGCUGUCGAAAAACCCGCCUCGUACGUAAAUAUAUGUGUGAAAAGUGGUGUGCAGCGCGGGCGGACUGCGUGAUUCGGGGAUCGUCGAGCGCACAGUAUCGUCGUACGACGAGUGAAUGGAAUUGAAUGGAUACCGUAACCCCGUACAGCACCAGCGUAAGGAUGGAGCAGAGAUUGUCCGAUGAUCCGUGGGACUGUCUGUUCGGAAGCGACAGCAUCACCGACGCCAUCCAGUUUCGCUCAGAGAUGUUUCACAUGGACAUCUGCUGCUGCGACAACACCGGCAGCUCGCUCGACUGUCUCGGUCUUGGAUUCGGUUUCAACAGUCACCUCCUGUCGAAUAUCGAGGACGAUCCGGCCGGUUUCAGUUGCGAGAAGAGCCGCAGCUCGGCCAGCAAUCUGGAAGAUCUGAAUCUCGACAGCGACAGCGAGUUGGCGUUGACGUUGGAUCCGAAUCUGAUACUGCCGCACAACGGGCCUAUUCGCAGCCCCACGCCCGGUAGCGAGGUGCCGAUGCUUGGAGCGAGCACGAAGAAGAGGAGCGUUGUCAGGCUAGAGGAGGAAGAGACGGAGAACGAUAGCGAACCCGAGCGAACCGAAAACGACGAGGAGAGCGAGGACGAGGAUGAGGAAGAGAGCGAGAACGAGGAAAAUGAUCACAACGAGACGGAGUACGAAACGGCGGAAGACGUGACGGAAGAGGAAGAGGAGGAGGAGGACGAGGAGGAAGAAGAAGAGGAAGCGGAGGACGAGGAGGAGGAAGAUGACGAGAACGCGAGCGUUCGACGGCCACCGCCCUCGAGUUUGGAAACGCCGACGUCGAUACCGGCGUCGUCGACGCUGGCCGCAUCCUCGCCGACUAUACAAUUGACGAGGGUGCAGAUGCAACAGCACCAUCCGAAGAUCGGCACGAUGAAGGUUCACGACAUCAAAAUGCUGACCGCCACCAACUCGACGACCGGGGGCGGCGGCCAGACGUCGCACCACAUACGCAAACAGGUCUACAACAACAAUCUGCACGAUAUCGGCUCUAGCGCGGUUACGACCGUGAUGAUACAGGCUAAGCGCGAGAAAGAUCCGACGGCGGGUCACAUUGAAAAUCCUUAUCCGAAGCCCGCGUACUCGUACUCGUGUCUGAUCGCUAUGGCGUUGAAGAACAGCAGGUCGGGAUCGCUGCCGGUCUCCGAGAUCUAUAAUUUUAUGUGCCGGCACUUCCCCUAUUUCAAGACCGCGCCGAACGGUUGGAAGAAUUCCGUGCGACACAAUCUGUCGCUAAAUAAGUGUUUCGAGAAAAUCGAAAAACCUCCCGGGAGCGGCAGUCAGCGGAAAGGUUGCCUGUGGGCCAUCCAUCCGUCUAAGAUGGCCAAAAUGGACGAGGAGGUGAGGAAGUGGUCGCGAAAGGAUCCGGUCGCGAUCAAACGGGCCAUGGUUUGUCCGGAUCAAUUGGAACUGCUCGAACGGGGCGAGAUGAAGUACGAGGGUGACGGGCACGAGGAAUUGUACGAGGACGCGGAGAGCUACGCGAGUUCCGAGAACGAAACGGGGGUCGACGAAGGGGACGAGGCUGUUAACGACGAGGAGAACGUCACGCACGACGAGACCAAGCACAUAGACGUCGUCGACGACGACAUCGUCGUGGAGGAGCUCUACGACGACAUCGACAUAGACGACGACGACGCCGGAACCGCCGACAUGCUCGACACGCGGCUUAUAACAAACAAUUUUUCCAAACAGGAACAGUCGUUUGUUUACGAAUUGGUCUCGUGUCAGAAGCGUCCGAAGACGGUCACGGGUCUGCGAAACGAUUACGUUUAUCAGCAGAUCGACGCGCCUACGCCACGUAGAAAAGCGCACGUUGUCGCGGUUCAAUCCGGAAUAACCGAGCCUGGACAUCCCGCAUAAUCCCAGUCAGUCAAAAAGUCCCUUCUCAAUCUCGGAACAAAAAUUCCAUUCCGCGACAGAGAGAGAGAAAAUAUAAAACGCGGGAAAAAAACUACCUGCUUGUCUCCUCUCCCGCGUCCACGGGGGAGAGAGACACGGUCGCACGGUUGUGCGACUUGUGAAUUUUUUGGUACAACGCAUGUGUAAGUUUUUUCUAACGCCAAGAUAUUUUGUAAAUAAAAUUAUAUAUUGUAUCUUCUUUUUUUUUUUCUCUUUUUGUUUGUUUUUUGAUAAG